GUUCUGUCAUCCGCUUGCCCUGCUUGCAUGCGUGCGUGCAUCACCUGAGAAUCAAAAUACGCGGAUUGUUCCAAUCGUGUCCAGUUUCACUCAGAACGAGAAAGUUAUUGAUUCCGCAAUUGCACGUGUAAAGCGCCUUGUUGGCAUUUUUAUUUAAGUUUAAAAUACAACAAAACCAUGGAAGCUGUUCCACCAAUCGAGAAUAUCAACCUAGACGCUGGCAACGGUACAGCUGAUGACGAUUUCGUUGACCCGUGGACUGUGUCCAGCAAAUCCGACACCGGAGUCGAUUAUGACAAGUUAAUCAAACGGUUUGGGUCCUCCCACAUAGACGAUGCCUUGGUUCAACGUCUCGAGAAGGUGGCUGGAAAACCGGUUCAUCCGUUCAUCCGGAGGGGGAUUUUCUUCUCGCAUCGCGAUCUGCACACUCUACUGAACAUGGUUGAGGCGGGGAAAAAGUUUUAUCUCUACACCGGUCGGGGUCCAUCGUCGGAAUCAAUGCACUUGGGACAUCUUGUGCCGUUCAUCGUGACGAAGUGGUUACAAGAAACAUUUGAUGUACCAUUGGUGAUACAAUUGACCGACGAUGAGAAAACCCUCUGGAAAGACUUAACCGUAGAGCAAUCAAUGAGGAUGGCUCGAGAAAAUGCAAAGGACAUCAUUGCCAUUGGCUUCGACGUGAACAAAACGUUCAUAUUUGCCAAUCUUGAUUACAUGGGUCGUAGCCCGGCAUUCUACCAGAACAUCAUAAGAAUUCAAAAAUGUGUUACCUUCAAUCAGGUAAAAGGUAUCUUCGGCUUCGGUGAUUCCGAUGUUAUUGGGAAAAUUGGUUUCCCAGCUGCGCAAGCUGCUCCUGCCUUCUCAACAACGUUCCCAUUCAUCUUCGGAACCGAUAAGCUGCCCGUCUUGAUUCCUUGCGCGAUCGAUCAAGAUCCGUAUUUCCGCAUGACUCGCGAUGUAUCGCCACGGUUAGGGUUUCCUAAGCCAGCGCUCAUCCAUUCCAGCUUCUUCCCGGCAUUGCAAGGUGCGAAAACAAAAAUGUCCGCAAGCGAAGACAAUUCCGCUAUUUUCCUAACAGACACUCCGAAGCAGAUCAAAACCAAGAUCAAUAAGCAUGCAUUUUCCGGGGGAAGACCUACGGUAGAGGAGCACCGCGAGUUGGGCGGAAACACUGACACCGACGUGAGUUUCCAGCUGCUGCGCUUCUUCCUGCAUGAUGAUGCUGAACUGGAACGUAUUCGCGUCGCAUACUCUAGUGGCGAAUUACUUAGCGGUGAAAUAAAGAAAAUCGCUAUUGAAACGCUGCAACCGAUUGUGGCGGAGCAUCAAGCUAAACGCAAGGAAGUGACAGACGAAGUUUUAGAACAGUUUAUGUCGCUUAGAUUGCUAAACUAUCAAAUUGGUUCACAGAAGAAGAAGUAAAGCAGGCAGUGGAGGGGAACAGAGGAAACAGAUGUACUUUUAAAUGGUGAACCGAUGUAGAACCAAGUGUCGCGUGGUGGUAUGUCUUGCAAUUAAACCGUGAACAGUUAUUAUUUAGAAAUUGUGUUAACAAGCAAGUCGUUCUUAUUUAUUAGCUAUUUAUAAUCUAUCGAACACCUGCAAACUGCGAUAAAAACCGCUAAGCGCCGAUGAACUGCAAUGAAAGUUUA